AGGACCAUGCGCUUUAUGGACAGUCACAUGGAGUAGAAGUUGGAAACAGAAGCGGCUUCUAAGAAAAUCAGGAAAACUCUUUAAUCUGAAUAUUUAUUUCUAUUUGACAGACAAAAUCUGACACUUGAAAAUGGCGCCGUCUCUCUCACAGGCGUUUCGGAGGCGAUGGUGGAUGGCUGUAACAGCAGUAAUAGAGAACUUGCUCUUCUCUGCUGUGUUGCUGGGGUGGGGAUCCCUCCUGAUCAUGCUGAAGAGUGAAGGUUUCUACUCCCAUCUAUGCACAGAAAAUGGAACCGAGUCUCAUGUGAACACGAGUUCAGACGGCAGCACUGUGUGGCCGACUUGUGUUGAGCAGGAGGAGAUCCUGAAUCUCGGGUUCACCAUCGGCUCCUUCAUAAUCAGCGCGGCCACGCUGCCGCUGGGAAUACUGAUGGACAAAUAUGGACCACGCCCUCUCCGGCUGCUGGGCAGCUCAUGUUUUGCCUUCUCUAUGGUUCUGAUUGCCGUGGCUGCAUAUGAUCCUUCAGUGUUGUCAGUCCUCAUCUUUAUUGCUGUCUCCUUUAAUGGCUUUGGAGGAAUAUGUCUGACCUUUACUUCACUAACGCUCCCCAAUAUGUUUGGAAACGUGCGUUCCACCAUCCUGGCACUCAUGAUCGGAUCCUACGCUUCCUCUGCAGUCACCUUCCCAGGAGUCAAGCUAAUCUAUGAUAUGGGAGCGCCAUUUCAAGGGAUCUUUUGGGUGUGGGCAGGUUUAGCCUGUCUGGUCUUUCUGAACUGCUUCGUUAACUGGCCUGCGGAGCCGUUUCCUGCUCCUGAAGACAUCAGCUACACUAAGCGGGUGAAGCUCAGCGGUGUAGUUUUGGAUGACAAGGUAACAGGAGAUCGCUGCCACAGCCACGUCACCACUGAGGACCAGGAGAUGUCCAAGAAACAGAUUUUUGAUGAGUGUGAACACAACGGAGAGACUGGACAGAUUCGGGGUUCUCCUCCGUUCCGCCGCUCGGUAUGUUCAGCCAUCUUCCUCUGGAGUCUGAUCACCAUGGCAAUGAUGCAGCUCCGCAUCAUUUUCUACAUGGGAGCCAUGAACAAGAUGCUGGAGUUCCUGGUUACACAUGGUGACCCGAACGCUCCUGAAGCGCUAAUACAAGAGGCUGAAGAACAGGUGAGCUUCUACUCGUCUGUAUUCGGAACUCUGCAGCUCCUGUGUCUUCUCACUUCCCCUUUGAUUGGUUACGUGAUGGACUGGAAGAUGAAGGAGUGUGAGGAGAGUGUAGUGGACGAAGAGAGAAGGCCUCCCAAGAGAGACAGAAAGAUUCAAAAACUCACCAACGCAAUCAAAGCCUUUAUCUUCACCAAUAUAUUACUGGUCAUCUUUGGCAUCACGUGCUUGAUAGACAAUCUGCCUGUUCAGUUGGUGACCUUCGUUCUUCACACUGUUGUUAGAGGUUUUAUUCACUCGUGCUGUGGAGGACUCUACGCUGCUAUGUACCCAUCUAACCACUUUGGCACACUGACGGGUCUGCAGUCUUUGAUCAGUGCCCUGUUCGCCCUCCUCCAACAACCACUUUUCGUCUACAUGUUGGGUCCGCUCAGGGGAGACCCGUACUGGAUCAACCUGGGCUUGCUGGCCUUCUCGCUGGUUGGCUUCCUGUUGCCAGGGUACCUGUUCUACCACCGUAGACAACUGGUUAAAGAGAAACAGGUACGGGAUCGAGCUGCAUCGAGCCAGUCGCCGCAGGACGCCGUCGCACUCAACCGUCCAGCGAACAGCCAGACGAAACCCCACGCCGACGGGUUCGAUCCAGACGAGGUUUAACGAAAUAAUGCCCAGGAAAUGCAAAUCUAAAUGAACAUGCAUCAUUACCACAUGGACAUUUUAGAAACUAUUUAACAGAUGCAUAUAGUGCUUUAAAACCUAAAGAAAAGCCAUAUGGGAGGUAUUUAAAAUUUGGUGCAUUUUAAAGGCCUGAAAUUAACCAUGUAGGACAGUAACGUCGGCCUGUGAAUAACGACUGUGUCGGAGUGCAAAAAGCUGCACAAUAAACAGCACGGGCGUUUAAAUAACGAAUAACGCACAAUCAGUGUUAAGCUGGACCAAAACUGACAGACUGAUGGUGCUUUAGUGACAGGAUAGGUUACAGUGCUUCAUCAUUUUAGCUCAUUUACUCUAGAUAAGAAUAACAUUUAGGUUUAGAUGUCAAUGACAGGAAACGAUGUUUUGGGGUUGAUUAGCUCAUACUGAAAACCUCCUAGCUGGAAAAGUUGAGAGAUUUAAAAACAAAAAAGCUUUAUAACAUUAAAACCACCUCCUUGUUUCUACACUUACUGUACAUUUUAUCAGCUCCACUUACCA